AAACCCUGGUGGCAUAGUGGUUAAGUGCUACAGCUGCUAACAAAAGGGUGGGCAGUUCGUAUCCGCCAGGCGCUCCUUGGAAACUCUAUGGGGCAGUUCUACUCUGUCCUAUAGGCUCGCUAUGAGUUGGAAUUGACUUGAUGGCACUGGGUUUGCUUUGGUUUUUUUAUGAGUCAUGAAAUGAUACUGGUGAGUGAGCUUCUUAGCUCAAGUAGACACAUGAGAGACUAUGUGAGCAGCCUCUGCCUGGAGGCCAGAAGAGAAGGUAGAGGGGGACAGGAGCUGGUGGAAUGGACAUGGGAAAAUACAGGGUGGAGAGGAGGAGUGUGCUGUCAUGUUGUAGGGAGAACAACUGGGGUCACAUAACAAUGUGUUGUAUAAGUUUUUGUAUAAGAAACUGACUUAAUUGUAAACUCUCACUUAAAGCACAAUUUAAAAAAAAAAUGAAAAAAAAAUAGUGUGAAAAUAGAUAAAUAACACCCAAAUGAAAACAAAGGCUAUUUAUUCAGAGCUUGCUAUGGCAAGGGAGGCAGCCUGAUAGUGGCUUUGGCGGGGACUGGGAAAGCUUUAUAGCAAAAAAAAAAAAAAGGGGGGGUGGGGUGAGGAGGGGGAAGGCUUCAGGUGUGCUCUCAUGGGAAGCUGUUGGCAUGGAGAAGCUGGAGUUAGGCUAACAAGAAGUGGGGUUCUAGUUAGCUCCAUAUAAUUGGUUUGGGGAGCAUAUUUGGCUUUCUUUCUUUUGUCGUAAGUUGGAAGCGGUGGCAAAAACGAAAGAUGCUGUUAAUUAUUAAUCAAGUCCUGGCCAUUUGGUGCUCAUUAUUCUAGGGGUUGUCAUCUGGCUUCCUGGACUGGUAGCUGCAGGUAGUAGUUUGACUGCCUGGGCUGGUUGCUAUUUUUGUAUGUGAUCUGGUCUUUGUCUUUUGUGUAUUCAGUCUUUCAGUAGAAAGAAUACUAUAAUGAACACUGACCUACUCACCACAUAGUUUAAUGAAGUUCUGAGAUGGGGGGAUUUGCGUGGGGUUCAGAGGAGAGGGUACUUAGGGAGGGGAAUGAGCCCGGGGUCCCAAACUACACACACACACACACACACACACAGACAAAUGUGUGCAUCGCUGCCUCUGGGGCUACAGCCCCAACCAUAAUGGGGAACCGCAGCCCGAAAUUCCGUCCUGGUUCCUUCCUUCUUUCUAUAUUUGGCUGCAUUGUGUUUCCCCAGCUGACUCCUUUAUAGGUCCUGGUUCCCCUCUGAGGCCCCAAGGCUUUGACAGCUCUGGAGGACGAGGACAUGGCCAGAUGGGCAGCCCUGGUGAUGCUAGUUGCAGUGGGUACAGCCGUGGUAGCAGCCAUCAACCCCGGCUUUGUGGCCAGGAUCACCCAGAAGGGCCUUGACUACGCCUGCCAGAAGGGAGUCGCCAAGCUGCAGAAGGAGUUGGAGAAGCUCAAGAUCCCCGAUAUCUCAGACGGCGUUAAGUUGAAUCCUUUUGGAAAAGUGCAUUAUAGCUUAUACAGCAUAGUUAUCCGCAGUUUCCAGCUGCCCAGUUCCCGGAUAACACCAGUGCCCAAUGUGGGCCUUAAACUCUCCAUCAGCGAUGCUAACAUCAAGAUCAGUGGAAAAGCGAAGGCACGAAAGCGUUUCAUCAAAAUUAGCGGCAACUUCGACCUGAGCGUGCAGGGCGUCUCCAUCUCGGCUGAUCUGAAGCUGGGCAGUAACCCCAACUCAGGGCGUGCCACCGUUGCCAGUUCCAGUUGCAGGAGCAGCAUCAACAGUGUGCACAUAAAGGUCUCAGGCAGCAGAGUGGGGUGGCUGAUCAAACUCUUCCACAAAAAAAUUGAGUCUUGGCUCCGAAAUUUCAUGAACAAGAAGAUCUGUGAGAAAGUGGCCGAAGCUGUGUCCUCUAAGCUGCAACCUUAUUUCAACACUCUGCCAGUGAAUUCCAACAUAGAUGCUGUGGCUGCGAUCGAUUACUCGAUGGUGGCACCUCCGAUUGCCACAGCUGACAGCUUGGACUUACAGGCGAAGGGAGAAUUUUUCAGUCGGACCAACCGCAUCCCAUCGCCCAUUUCCCCAUCAGUGGCAGCGUUUCCCACUGAACACGACCGCAUGGUGUACCUGGGUAUCUCGGAUUACUUCUUCAACACUGCUGGGCUUGUGUACCAAGCAGCUGGGGUCCUGAAGCUGAUGCUCACGGAUGAGAAGAUUUCAAAGGAAUCCAGAUUCCGAUUGACAACCAAAUUGUUUGAAACCCUCAUACCUCAGGUGACCAGGAGGUUCCCGAACAUGAAGGUGCAGUUCCUCCUGUCCCUCUCCUCCCCACCACACCUCACCGUGGACCCCAGUGGCCUCACCCUCGUCCCUGAACUGGAGGCCCAGACCUUUGUCGUCUUCCCCAACUCUUCUCUGGCCCCCCUCUUCCUGCUUGGCUUGAGCAUGAAGAUUUCCGUGGCGGCUGGUGCCAGUUCCGACAGGCUGACUGGAGAGCUAAUGAUGAACAGCCUGCGCUUGGAACUGAAGCACUCAGAUGUUGGCUUCUUCUCGGUUGGAUCCCUGCAGACCGUCAUGAAUUAUCUGAUACAUUUUCUUGUGCUUCCCAUUGUUAAUGAGAGGCUGAAGGAAGGCUUCCCUCUCCCACUGCCUGCCCACAUCCAGCUUUCCAACGUGGUACUUCAGCCUCGCCAGGGUUUCCUGCUGUUCGGGGCAGAUGUUCAGUACUACAGCUAAAGUUGCCAGGGAUGCUGGAGGCUUUCAGCGCCUGUUCUGACAGGCCUGUGGGGCCCAGGCCAUCUUUCUCCAGUCGUCCCUUUCUAGACCUUGACCAAGAGGCCCUUGCAAACUUCUCUGAACUCAGAUUCAAGGAUGAUUUAAACACAGGGAACCUCAUUCACUGGAAAAGUGUACUGCGUAUAUUUUAGCUACCGUGAGCUUCUUUCAAGCUCUAAAGCCGUACAGACAUUUCCUACAGCCACUGAAUUUCAGUUGUAACCACAAUAUUUCUGUUUGUGCUUCCAAAAAAAAACACUUUCUGGGGCUUUUCCCCUCCUGCGGAAUUCUGAGUGCUAGUAUUUUUUCUUGUUUUGCGUCCAUUCAUUCAUUUCCUCACUGGCUAUUAUCAGUAUGGCCUACAGUGCAAAUAUAUAGCACAGACACACAGAUAUAAUCACCUCUUUUUUAGUUCUGUAAUUAAUCUCUUGAGCCUACAUUCGCAGAAAGUCCCAUUGCUACGUUUCAAGGACACCCCUCAUUCUACACUAAGAGUACUUGCUUGGGUUUUACUUAGUCCAAAUGGAAUGAGUCUUGCUUCCAAAUGUCACGCAGAGUUUGUAGAGUGGGUCAGUUCUCUGGGCUCUUGUUCCUAUUACUGCCACAUGGUGUCACUUUUGAACAGUAAUUCCGCACAGCCCAUUGUUCUCCUGUGUAGUCAUCAAUCCACUGGGACUGUAGGUCUUGU